AUGAACUGACCGUUAGAUGAACUGCAGUCUUUGUCCUUUGAGUGUGGCAGGUGGCUUCUUGAUGGCUCACACCGUUCCCCUCUCUCACCUCCUGCAGGGGGCAGUGUCCAGCUCUCUCACCUGUCUGCAGACGGCGGAGGGAGUGGCAGCUCUGCUGAUGGAGAGAGGCGGUGUGCAGGAAGGAGAUCACGUCGCUCUGGUGUACCCGCCAGGUAUAGACCUGAUCGCAGCCCUUUACGGCUGCCUGUACGCCGGCUGCGUUCCCAUCACAGUGCGACCGCCUCACCCUCAGAACAUCUCCACCACCCUGCCCACUGUUAAGAUGAUUGUCGAGGUGAGUCACUCGGCGUGUGUGAUGAUGACCACCGCCGUCAUCUGUAAGCUGCUGCGCUCCAAAGAGGCCAUGGCCACGAUGGACAUCAGGAACUGGCCCCCAGUCCUGGACACCGUCCCCAGUGUUUCCUGCUCCUUGGAGCACUCCUGGUUGUCUGCUAUGGUGGAGGUGGCCAAUGUCUGGAGACAAAUCGCUGUUCUGGGGAGCUGCUUUCCUCCACUUACUUUACAUCAGAGUAGAAAGCAUGGAAACAACCCUGAUGGAAAACAGAAACAGCAUCCAGGAAGUGGAAUAAAGAUUAAGCAGCCAAAUUCUAGCUCUGGUUCGAUGCUUACAUUUGGAGGACUCUAGACCACAAACUGAGAGAAACUCUGUGAAGAUGCAGAAACACAUCAAGUUUUGCAAACAAGCAUACUAUUUUUAUAGUUAACUAAACUUCUAGUUUAUUAGAGUUGAGUUCCUACUCGCAGACAACUGAAACAUUCACAUUUGGAAAGCUGACUGAAUAAAUUUUCGUUUGAUUAAUCUAAAGUUGUUCUUCUGUGUCUGAAAACACCCACUCCCACUUACUCAACCUGUGUUGUCGUCUGCUGCUGUGGCCUACAGUAGCAGAAGACAACACUGCAACUGUAACCAAACUGAUUACAGCAUUAUUUAAAAACCUUUAGUGAACUCAACGUUCAAGAUUUUUCAAGGAUCCACAGAAACUUUGAUUGUGUGCUAAAAAUGCUAGUAAAGCUGACAUCCAUCACGAACAACCCACAUCCUCCUCUGCAUGAGUCUGUGAGUGUGCUGAGCAGUUCCUCAUCAGAGACCAAAACAUCCUCACUGCAGGAAGGAGCGCUUUCACAGAUCAUUGAUCCCAACAGCAGUUAGACUAUAACUCCUCAAUCACGUUGUCAUGAGUCACUGGACAUUUACCUGGUGUGCACGUAUAUGUGUAUGUAUAUGUAUACAUGUGUAUAUUCAGUGUGUGUAUGUGUGUGUGUGUGUGUGUGUGUGUGCGCGUGUACAUGUCUAUACUUCUAGAUACUUUUAGAUAUCUAUUGCUUAAAUAGUAAUGAUACAAUAGUUAAAUUUAUUUCUUGCAUUUCCACAACACUCUAUCCAUAGUCACAUACUGUGUAUGCUACUGUUGUAUAUAGUGUACUAUCUUAUUUAUUUUGUGGUUGUUUAUAUUUUAGUCCUAUUUUCGUAUUUUCUGUAACCAUGGUUACGGGAGUUUGUUGCAAGAAGUGUUGUGAAUCUCGCUGAGACAGGGAACCACUGAGGAGCCUCAGAUUAACCAAUCAGUCAGAUCGCUGUCUCCACUUGGGUGGCUGUAGCUCAGGUGGUCAGCCACUACUCAGAAGGUUGGUGGUUCGAUCCCAGGCUGCCUCCUGGCUGCAUGCCAAAUAACCUUGGGCAAGAUACUAACCCAGG